AUGGAAAGGAAGAUUAUUCUUCAAAAGAAGGUACCUCUGGCUCACAAUAUUUUUGGUCUCAUUGGCCCCAAUGCAGGCCUUGGCUUUGCUAUAGGCAUGGUGGAUUCCUCUCUGAUGCCCAUCAUGGGAUACCUGGUGGACUUACGCCACAGCUCUGUGUAUGGGAGUGUCUACGCCAUCGCUGAUGUGGCUUUUUGUGUGGGCUUUGCUAUUGGCCCAUCUACCGGGGGUGUUAUUGUACAGGUCAUCGGCUUCCCUUGGCUCAUGGUCAUCAUUGGUACCAUCAACAUCAUCUAUGCCCCUCUCUGCUGCUUCCUGAAGAACCCACCAGCAAAGGAGGAGAAGCUGGCAAUUCUGAACCAGGAGUGCUCCACAGAGACCCAGAUGUACACAGUCCAGAAGCCCACAAAGGAGUUUCCACUGGGAGAGAACAGCGAUGACCCUGCCAGUGAGGACUAGCUGCAAAGGGUGAUAUCUGGGCCUCAUUCCAGGUGACCCCAGGAAGCUUGGAGCUCAGUGUUCCCGGGGACCGGAUCACCACGGAUUCAGGGGGUUUCACUUUCCUCUCCUCUGGGUGACUCCCUUCUUACUGAUAGCUUGCCCUUACUCACCUGUCAGUGUGACCCACCACUCUCCCUCUGUGCUUUGACACCACUGGUGGCCCACUUCUUGUGGUAGGACACUGCUACUUCCUGCCAGGCCAAAGUGAGGCUGAUUAAAGUGAGUUGUGAUGAGUUCUGCAAGGGGUGACUCACUUCCUGCAGACUGAACAAUGUGCCUGUGAGACCAGGGGCACACAUGCCAAGCCUUCCUGUCUUCUCUGAUUUUUUUUAAAAACGUAUUACCAAUAUGUCUUAAAAUUUGACCUGUGUCCUGUGAUAUGCUUUCCCCUUAUUUUGUCCAGUCGAGCUUCCACAUGUAGGGAUUUUUGCUUAUUUUAUGUGCUAAAAUUACUUUACCUUCACUAAAUGAGGCUUCCAGCUUUCUUCAUCAUCCAAUCAAAAGGAAAUAAGUAACUUUCUUAGGUUUGACUUAUGUCUGUUCUGAUGAUUUCUCAUGUAUGAUUCUAUCUUUUUCAAACCUCUUAAACUCUUAUAAAUAAAAGUGGUUGAAGUACAGAAAGAAACAAAACAAAACAAAAAACCAAACCAACCAACCAACCAACCAAACAAACAAACAAAAAUACCCCAAAUAAACAACAUGACGUUAGAAUCAAGGGUUCCCUGCAGGAAGCAAAAAGAAACUUUUGAAAUUUCACCCAAAUGUGUGUUUCCUAAUAGUAGGAGCAGAACAAGGCGUUCAUUGUUCACACGUGUCAAUGAGUAAGUCAGUUAGCCAAUUCAGACAUGGCGAAGCAGACUGUCUGUGUCAGGAGAGAGAGUGUGGGAACAUACACUGGGUGUUGUAAACCACGAGUCAUUUGGCUACAUUUUUUGAAAUAAUUAUUGGAUGAUGGGGUCUCCAGCUUAAGAAAUUAUGGCGUUCAUUCUAAGUAGCUUCUCAUUUAUUUGAGCAAACAGAAUAAAAUUUAUAAACAAC